AUGUCAGACACCGAAGAGAUCAUUGAGGAAUAUGAAGAGUAAGUACUAGGUUCUCCAAUGUUUUCCUUUCCCAUCUAUAUGCAGAAAUGUGUCUUGCUUUUCUGUCACUCACAUUGAUUUCUGUGGCUGUGUGGUCAUUCAGAUAUGCCAUUCCUAUAUUUCUACAAUCUGGUCCAGAGAGGAGAGAAAUCACAACAUGAAAUCAUUCUGAAUGAUUAGGGUGCUGAUCCAUAGCAAAUAUUUUAUUUAUCUGUCCCUCUGAUGUUUAGGUAGUGAGUGCUGCUAUGUAAAGAGCUAAAAUGCUACUAUCUACAUACAAGAAGGAGGUUGCACUUGGGGAAACCAUUUCUAAGGAAAAAGCUCUGAAGGGGAAAGAGGCCAAUAAGAACUGAGCAUGCUCAGUGUUUUUGGAAUGCUGACUGACUCUUGGGAGGAGAACUGGAAAAUGGGGCGGGAGAAUGGAAUGGAGAGGCUGGAAUGUUGAACACCAGGACUGCACACUGGAAUAUUUUGUUCCAGGUCAUUAGAGAAUAGCAAUUGAUAAACCUAACAUUAAGCAUUUGUGUAACACUUUUUUUUUUAAAGUGCUAGUGAACUGGCCCCACUCCUUUAGUCUAUGAUCUUUGGAUGAAGGGUGGUAUAGAAAUUCAAAAGAUAUAAUAAUAAUAAUAAUAAUAAUAAUAAUAAUAAUAAUAAUAUAAGGAGGGAGUGAAGAUCAGCAUCAGAAUUUUUUUGGGGGGUUAGUGAAGAUCAGCAUGGGAUAAUAAUAAUAAUAAUAAUAAUAAUAAUAAUAAUAAUAUCCUGCCCAUCUGGCUGGGUUUCCCCAGCCACUCUGGGCAGCUCCCAAUAGAAUGUUAAAAACACGAUAAAUACAUCAAACAUUAAAAACUUCCCUAAACAGGGCUGUCUUCAGUCUUCUAAAAGUCAGAUAGUUGUUUAUUUCCUUGAUAUCUGAUGGGAGGGCGUUCCACAGGGCAGGCACCACCACUAAGAAGGCUCUCUGCCUGGUUCCCUGUAACCUCAUUUGUCACAGUGAGGGAACCGCCAGAAGGCUUCGGAGCUGGACCUCAAUGUCCGGGCUGAACGAUGGGGGUGGAGAUGCUCCUUCAGGUAUACUGGAUAUAAUAACACACACUUAACAAAGUAGAGCUGCGGGAGUACCAAUUUCUAAUUCACUUCAGGCACCACAAAUGUCUAGGGCCAGCGCUCUUGAUAAUUUUAGUAUUUCUCAUAAAGCACUUAGAGGUUUUGUUACAAGCAAGUGGUAUAUAAAUUUUAUCAGAAAAUGAAGUGUUGAGAAGGGGUUCCAAACCCCAGAGGUGAGGGUCUCAAUAGGCUUCUUCUGAAUCUAAAAGAGAAUCUGAGUCUCUGAGGAUUCUCGGGACCUUCACGUAGGAAACCUGACCCAAGCAUAGAAUGACAGGCUAUUGGGAUUUAAAGAUUUUAGAUACCGGAAGAAAUGUAGAUACAGUACUUAAUUAGGAACCAGUAAGAGCCAUACAGCUAUAAAUGCCUGGGAGGUAUAGAUGGCUUGUGACUUGGUUAUGUCUGCAAUUUUGGAAAUUCUUCCUACGUUUUUUAAUUCCGUUACUCCCACUCCCACAGACUUUCUCAGUUUUCUACGCUCCCAUAGCUCACUCAUCAGCUUCUUGUUUUCCAACUGCAAGGACUAACCCAAGAGAGAGCACUGAAAAAUGCUCUUUCACAGCCUGCCACAUUCCUGCUCUGGCAUUUUUAUCAACACCUGUUCCAGUUACUUGAGCUGCAUCUCCAGCUGAUGCACAACAUGAAGUCAUGCCUAAGCAUGUCGUAUAGGCAACCUGCUCCUUCCAGUCCUCUCCCCGAAAACUAAGCUGGCCCUAGAUCUGCAUGUCACUUCACUUAAAUGUAGCCAACUGUCCCUUAACACAGCAAGCUUUUAAUUGCAUGAGGUGGGGUGUGAGAUGGCCCCAGGUAUCUGCUUAUCUAUUCCAGGGGGUUGGAAAUAUAUGUGAACUCCUGCCACCAUAUGGGCAGAAUCCACUCAGCAAACAAAAAACAAAAACCCUGAUUGUGGAACAAACAGAAGUGUCUUGUUGCGGCAUCUUAAAGCUAGCAGAUUUAUUCCAGCAUGAAAUUUUGUGCAACAUGAUUCUUCUCCGCUGUUUCUGCUGUAACAGGUUGGCAUAAAUUGUAAGUUGUAACUUAAUUGUACUGCAUUCUUCCAAGAAGAAUAUGUGUCAGAGAACAUGGAUCAUGUUGUUCUAAAAUCACUUACAGUGGUAACUCGGGUUAAGUAAUUAAUUUAUUCCGUAUGUCCGUACAUAACCUGAAACAGUUCUUAACCUGAAGCACCACUUUAGCUAAUGGGGCCUCCUGCUGCUGCCGGAGCACGAUUUCUGUUCUCAUCCUGAAGCAAAGUUCUUAUCCCGAGGUAUUAUUUCUGGGUUAGUGGAGUCUGUAACCUGAAGCAUAUGUAACCUGAAGCGUAUGUAACCCGAGGUACCACUGUAUUAUUAUUAUUAUUAUUAUUAUUAUUAUUAUUAUUAUUAUUGCAAACCAGCCAUUAUUCUAAUCUAGCUGUUUUCCCUUCUACUUUACAGGGAACAGGAAGGUAAGGGAAUGAAAACUGUCAGAUUAAGCAUGUUUUCCAAAUCCACUAUUGCUGCUCUAAUAACGCUCUCUCUUUUCCUCUCUUCCGACAUGAUGCAGAAGAAUGCGUCGAAGAAGGUAGGCUUCCAUUGUUACUAUAAGAGUCAGGGUUAGAUGAGGUGAUGUGUUCUAUUGGGUCAUAACACCAUGCCAUUAAAAAAAACUAUUAUGGGAUUGGAGACCUUAAUAUGUAUCAUAAAUUUGUUAUUUACAUAUACUGUAUAUGAAAAAGUAUUAGGUGUCUCAGUGUAGCGAGUGUAGCUACUGAUGUGUAGCUACAUUGUCUGAAAAGGCAUCUUUGCUCAUGUCACCAUCAUCCAAAAUGGGGCUGGUGGUUAUAUGGGGGAGAGCUUGUUUUCUGUAGUGGAUUAGAAGUGGCUCCCACUAUGGGGACCUCCUGGUCACACGAGGUUCUGUUUCUUUGGUAGUGUUCUAUCAUAAAACUGUUCUGUUUCAACUGGAAGCUCCUUAUAGAGUUUUUGUGUGAAGAAGAAAAUGAACGUAUGAUAUCUGGGUUUGAGGAUUGAAGAACAUAUUGAUGCAUAGAAAGCAGAAUUGUUGGGUGUUAUCUUGGAGAGGAUGUUUUGAACAAUUUUCUAUUUAUAGCUGACAGACAAAAAAUCCCUUUUAUUUUAUAUUCUUUUAUUUUCUUCCUUCCUUUUGUUUUUUGUUUUUAUUUAGAUUAGAAUUUUAUCUUUCAUAAAAAAUAUAUUUGAUAUUUGAUACUAAUCUUUGUAUUUUCUUUCAAACUUUAAUAAAAAAUCUAUUGAACCACUAAUAAAAUCUAUUGAAAUCUGUGUAAACAAUUAUAAUAAUAAUAAUAAUAAAUUUUUAAUAAUUUAAAAAAGCAAAUAAUAUGUGGACAAGUAAAAGUGCAGAUUUGUCCAAAUAGCCUUGUGGAUUUCUCAGAUAUACCAAAAAGCGCAGAAAAUUGUAGGUUGAAUACAGCUGAGUAUUUGCCUAAUAUUGUGUGUUAUGAACAUUUAGUCCAGCCUUCAUCAACUUGGUGCCCACUUGGUGUUUUGAACUACAACUUUCACCCAUUGGCUGUGGCUGAUGGGAAUUUUAGUCCAACAGAUCUGGAGGGCACCCAUUUGGUGCAGGCUAACUUAAUCUACUAUUUUAGGAACCUGGGUAGAGUAUUUCAUUGCCAACGGGACUGACACUGAUAAACUCAGUCUGGAAUGAGCUUUCUGCUGCUUGCAUAGUAUCCCUAGAAGCUGAUCAAUGUGUCUUUGCAUUUAUUUUUUACAAGCACACCUCCUCUUCUAUGCUUUUGUAUGAGGGCAUAAUUACUGCCUCUGUGUGUGCAUGGAUAUGUGGGUGUUCUGAAUGUUCCAGGCCUUAAUAUCCUAUUGAACUUGGCAAAUGCUUGACUUCACAAGUGCUUGGCACCUGAAAACUAGGCGUGCACACAAAUGCAAAGCAAAGAUCAGAACACGAGAGAGCCGUUUUGUCUAUAGAUGCUCCAGCUUGAAGCCACAGCUUUCUGUGAUCCCUCGCUAACCUUUUCUACUUAUUCCCUUUCACCAUCCCUGCUUGCCCUGGUUAAGAAGAGGAAGAAUGGAUAGAGGUGGAAGACGGUAGUAGAACAUUUCUUUACAUUUCACUUUGCUGCUGCUUGCCAGUGACACGCAGGCGGAAUACUUACUGACCUAUCGUGCAUGGAAAUCAUAAGCAUUUAUGUACUGUGUGCAUCAGUCAAAGGCCAUACCUGUCUGGAGAGCUACAAAAGAGCCCUGGAAAUUGUAGUUUUGGAAGGCGGGGCUAGAGAUCUCUCCCAGAGAAUUAUCAGCAUCUCCCCAAAAUACAGUUUCCAGGAUUCUUUGGGGGAAACCAGGAUUAUAAAGCAGUCUAAAAUCUAUAUAUGUUUGUAGUAUUGAUAUUAUGUAGCCUAUGCAGGUUUAUGGCUUAUGUUUAAAAUCACAUGUGGCAAGUGGGCUCAUUCCUACUCCCCUCCUCAAUGUGUUGGUUUAAUACAAAAAACAAAUGCCUAGUGCUUAUAUAAUAGCAUCAUUCAGAUUUGGGUACCAGAAGGAAGCCUCUGUGGGUGGCAGUACAAUUUCUGAUUGACUCCUUUUGCACCAUUUAUUUCCAUAUCUGAUAUUUAAAGUGAGACGUUUCUGAGAGCCACUGUCUUUUAACCCUGGUCACAAAAAAUCUAAAUGAGAUUCCAUCAUAUCCUGUGGCAUCAAAAUCCAUAAGUAAAUUGUGUGGGGUGUGUGAAGACAUGUUUCAUUUCUCCAAUUUUACAAGGUGACCCUGAGUUGUGGUAUGAUGGAAGAACCCUUCCAUCAAUCCACUUUCUUCACACCAGACAUCACCUCAUAAGCUUCUAUCACAUCUCACUUCUUUAGUUAUCUGUUUUAUAAACUAAAAAUCCCCAGAUGCUCAGCUUUUCUCUGCAGGGUAAUGUGCUGUAAACCUCUGACCAUUUUGGUUGCCCUUUCUUCUUUGUUGCUCUGCAUUUAAUAAUAUUGCGAUGGACCAGGAAUGUGGACCUUGACUAAUAACCUGCCUCUACAUUUGAGGUGUGUAUCAUGUUGAGGACCGAUGACACUCAUCUCAAACCCUACCUCCCACACCAGAAACAUCAUUGAACAUCAUUAAAUUAAACCACAAUGUGUUCAGUUUAAGAUGGCAGUCCCAAGUUAUCACUUGUCAUUUAGCCAUGUUCUAGAAAUAUGCUAUCUUUCUUUCCCAACCCCUCUUCUCUGACCAACGUCCCAAUGGCUGGAAUUCAUUACCUCAAGCAGAAUGUUGUGUAGGCCAACAAUGAAAAUUCUGAGAUCUGUUGAUGUCAUCCUGCUGUUUUCUUCCUUAGAACAAGAACAAGAAGAACAAGAACAAGAACAAGCUGAAGAAGUGAAGGAAGAUGAAGAUGAACCUAGGGCAGAAGGUAUGAUGUUCUGGUGAAACAUCUCUGGCCAAUACAAGCAUUGUGAUGGAGGGUCCUUUUCAGGUAGAACCCUUCAAUGAAUAAAAAUUCAACAGCAUUGUUUUGGUUAAGCUGUGAUCUCAGAGCACACUUGUCAUGGGGGGGGGGGAGUGUAAAAAAAUAAAAGUAGAAAAAUUAUAGUAAGAAUGGGGGAUAAAAUUAAUUCAGUUUGCAAGCAAAGGUGAAUUUACACAAUCCCCACUGUUUGAAAUGCUAUGAGAAGCAAAACAACACAGGCCUUCAAAAUUCACACUUAACCAAAUUUUUCACUGUGUUUCUCCAACCAAACAGUGCUUACAGAAAUCCAUAUAUUAGAAGAAAGUGUGCAUAAAAAUGAAUAUAUUCAUGAAAUUAACAUACAAAAAAAUGUACUCAACAUAGCACUAAGGAGAUCUUUCUGUCAGCACAAGCUGUACACUAUUUGGGGAGUUCUGACUCCCCAGAGCAGUUGUGGAAGAGUGGGGUGAAAGCCUCUUGGCACUCAUUGAAUUUGGUUCAUUACCUUGGGGGAAAUUGCAUGCAAAAAUGUACAAGCAUGUGCUUAUUAGGAAAAAGGUGCUGGCAGUUUUUAAAUAAAUCUGCAAAUUGCUGCAGAAAUGUGGAGAAAUGUGGAUGGGAAAAUGAAAAAUUGAGAGAAUGCAAAUUGACAAAUCCGCUGCAUGCCUAGUGGUUGGCCCCUUGUACGUGGUGUAUGUUUCUUGAGUAAUAAAUCUUCUAUAACAAUGUUCCAUCCCUCUAUGAGUCUGCCUGUUUCUCUGCAUUCUCCUUAAUGCUUUACCAGCAUGGGCAGUAAAGGAAAGUUGAUGGCACAGGAAGAUCAUCUGUGUUUGGCAAAUGGGCAGCCUUGCACUUGCAGAGACGCCCCCACCCCCAGAUACGCUCCCCUUAAAAAAACAAAAACUGUGUGGAGGAAUAUCACAGCUUUAGGGAAUGCCCCCCCAUGCUUUGGUGACAUCAGCAAUCAUUACAUCCUAUAAACAAAUAUUAUUUUUUUUCCACUGUGGAAAGGGAAACAAAGCAUCUGACACUCUUUACCGAUAGUAGUUCUGCUUUCCCCCUCUGACUAUAAAGAGAGGGAAACCUGUAACAUUUUCAGGGGAAAUAAUGUAUUGGGAAAAGUUUUCCAAAAUUGGUACCCCCCCCAACCUAUUCCCAGAAUUUUACUGAUUAAAGCCACCUUCUUUGGUGAGUCCAACUGCUCUGGUGUUCAUAACACUGACAUCACAUCACCAUCUGUCCUGUAGCUUCUGGUGUUGUGAAAAAUGCAAAAGAGGGGACGCCUCUGUCUCUGAUCACCAAAUACCAGAAUGCCAGCAAUGUAAACGCUCCCAGCAAUGGGUGAAUGAACUAUGAAGCAUGCUGGGAAUGCCGUAAUCACAGCUUAGAGGAAAUAAAUGUAUCAGGGAGUGUGGGGAUUCUAGACACAACUGUGCUGGCGUGGUACAUCUCUAAUCAAAAUUCUUUGCUCUCCUUUUAAAAUAGAACAAGAAGAGCAAGCUAAAGAACCAGAAGGUAAAUGAAAAGUGUGCACCGUGGUCCAGUAUAUGUGCUGGGAUGCUUGAGUUCAGUUUCUAUAAAAUUCAACGUAAACUUUUUUUUAAAAAAUGAUAUUUAUUGAAAUUUUUUUAGAAUUACAAAAGAGAACAAAGCAGAAAAAGAGAAAGAAAAAACAAAGAAAAAACAAACCACAUCAAACAAUACAAAUUCAAAAAACAAAAAUACACCACAAACACUCAAAAACAAAUCCAUCAUUCUCAAAUCCUCAACUGUCAUUACCUUCUUUCUUUGACCUCCUCCUCCUCCCUUUUUUUGUAUCCUAGUUGUUAAUUGUCGCAGCAAAUCCUUUCCAUAUUUCAUAAUAUUCUGUCAUUACAUUACCUUAAUCUAUUUUAAUCUUAUCUUAACCUUAAAGCUUAAAACUUAAAUCUUAUUUUUACCAACUUCUCAUAACCAUAAUAUUCUUACAUAAUUCUUUAAACAUUUUUGCUAAAGCCAAGUAAUUUCGUUCCAACAUUUUUCUAACAUUCAUCAAUUUUAUAAAACAAUCCUAGUAGUAAAAAAGAAAUAAAAACAAUCCAAUCUUCAUCCAGCGUCCCUUCCUCCUGGUCCCGGGUUUUGUCAGUCCUUAUUAUCCCAUCGAUCUAGCGCAUUAACCUGGUAACCUUGUAUCCGAGGCCCUUAAGUCCCUUCCAUGUCCCUUCCGCGGCUCUUCUUCAUAUUUAUAGCUGUAUUUUCCUUUGUCUCCUGCUCCUUUCACUCGUGGGAACUCCAGCUUAACAAUGUUUUUGACCCUUCUCGACAAAUCAGCCCCUUUUCCAUAGUCCACACUAAACUCCAUGUGGUAUUUAAGAACAUGUUUCAAAAUCCCUCCAAAAUUAAGAGCCCCCACAACCCCAAACAUCUCACGGCCCAUUGCCAGACUUGAAAAGUCCAAACAUCCCUGCAUAGGGGGGUCUAUCCAACCCCCCCAUUUCCAAACCAAACCAAACUUUAUCUUUCCAAAUCUGGCUUUUUCCAAGUUCAUUUGUCAAAUCCAAAAGCUCAUGUUCCUGCUGGGCCACAGCUCCCUCCAUCUCUGGCGCCCAAGAUUCAGCAACAUCCUCUUCUCUCAUCUGUUCUGUCAGGGCACACUCCUGAUUUAAUUCCUGGGUGGGCUCCAUAUAAUUUCCCACUGCCUGUUCAAAAUUUCUGAUCGCAUCAGUCAUCAAGUCCGUCUUCUCAUGUAGCUGUUCCAGUAGGGCAUUUGUUUUACAGAAAGCACACAACAGAGCUUCUGAAUACAUUGUCCUGCAAGGUCAGAAGUCUAUUCCCACGAUUGUAAUCUGUAACAGCUGCAAGCUCCCGGAGUUGGUUACAGUUUCACAGUCUCCCUCUAGGGUGAAAACUUCUAUUUGUUCUUUCUUUUAAAGACAAGUCUAACAACAAAGUUUCCUUUUUCAGAUAUUUUGUCAAUAUUUGUUCCUUUAAAAUGCGAAGGGGAACAAUGGAAUCAAUGUUUCUCUUCUUAUAGCUAUCUGUCAAAAACGUUUGUCUCUGGUCAAUGAGCUUCAAAAAACGUCAGUCCUGACAUCCCGCUCCAGGAUCAGGACGGUGGAAAGUUACUUUACUUUACACUCACUUCUGCAGGUUUAAACAGUCCGAAAAAAUCCCCCCUCUUCUCCUGCUUCCGAAGGGGGGUUCAACAAUUUUAAAUGAUGAAAGUUAAUCUUUUACAAGCGAUUUUCUGAGCUCUAGUUUGCCAUGUCUUUGCUUUAAUCUAUCUACAAAGAAACGGAAGGCUGACUUCCUGUUUAGACCUUCCCGUUUCAGUGCCAAAUUAAGGUAAACUUUUAAGUCCAAUUUUCCUUUCUGCUCGCAAGUCCUUAUUUAAAGUCCAAUUGUCCGAAAUUUAAGUACUCACGGGUGAUUAUUUUAGAAGCCAAAUUGUCCCAGGAAAAGGCAGCGCUCUCCGGCAACGGCUGUGCGGCUUCGCUCCACGGAAGAAGCAGUUGACUCUCAGCACCGCGCCACUUCCCUCUUCGCUCCGGAGCCCGUUAGUGGGUUCCUUUGCGGGUUGGGGGCGCUAAAGGUGCCCGCCGAGUCCCAUGGUCACAGGCUUCAUCCGCCUGUGAUUUUUGAAUGGGUCCCCGCUUCGCCGUAGCGGAAAAGACCCGUUUCGCGUGGAGCUAGUCCCUCCAGAUCAGAGGGAGUCCGCCAUUGCCGAUGGCGCCACCCCGGAAGUCCAAAAAAUCAACGUAAACUGAUCUGAUCUGCACUUCCUGGAUGAACGUGCAGAUGGGGAAGCAGUUAUCCUUUGGAUUUUGCAUCUCUACCAAAUUUGCAGUAGUGCUCUCAGCUCAAAGAAAUUACCAGAAGGAAAUGCAUAUAUUGUGAUAAAAUAUAAAUAUACAGAUCUUAAUGCUGAUAUAUAUAUAAACCAAUUCACAAGUGUAUGUUAAAAUGGGACAGAAGUCAUACAAUGUCCCAUCAAGCAACCGUUAGAAUUUUGAGAGCAUUUCCCCAUCAUUUUCUUUACUUAAAUAAAUCAAUUUUUAAUUUUUUUUUGGAAGCAGGUUUGUUGGACAAGUUCACAAAAUCCAUAUCAAUCAGCCUGAGAAACUGAGGCAGGAACUAGAAAGGAGAGAUCUUCAUUCCCCUGCAGUUCAAGAGUUAAGAAUGUGCCCUUAACUCUGAAACACACACAGACAUACUAAAAAAAUUCUGCCCAAGCCUUUAGUCACAUGAAAAAGUACAGGGGGAGAUGAGAGAUGAGCGGUGGGAGGGUUGGGGAGCAGAAACAACCCAUAUAAGCCUUAAGGGAGUCAGUAGGCCUGUCUCUUCAAUUUAUCUACAAAGGGAGCAGGUUAAUAUUUUUGUUUGGCAACUCUUUAAAUCUUCAUUUGGUUUCUUGCAGGAGAAUCAAAGCCUAGGCCCAAGUAAGUAUAAGUAAAGUGGAUUUUGAUGUUAUGGUUAGCAGGCAGUUAUUGAGGCAGGAGCAGUUGUAUGGAAGGAGGAAAGGAGAUGGUGAGUACAAGCACAACUGAAGAAAAAUAGAGAGAUGUCAAUGUUUGACAUAUAUUAUUGGCUUCCUAAAAAUGAAAUUGAUGGCAGAUUUGUAACAUGGUGCACAUUUACCUGGAAGUGAGUCCUGCUGAGCAUGGUAAACUGUACUUCCAAAUAAACAUGCAAAGGAUUGCACUGUUAACAAAAUCUUUUUAAACAACAGCAACACUGAAAUUUCAAAAAAGCAAAUGCAUGGUCUCUUUGGGUGGUACAAAAUUAUCUAGAUUUUUUUUUUAAAAAAAGUUGCCCACAAAUGCAGAGACACUGCUAAAUGCAGCAGGCAAAGUGAUGGGACAGUAUCUCAAGAACAACAUUCCCACCCCAGCUUGCCCAGUGAUGAAGUUAUUACAGCUGUUCAGUGGCUCGUAUAAGUCAAGUCAAGGAAACUUAAGACUACUGUGACAGCUGCGGCCAUUGUAAAAAGCUCAGCAACCAGUAUGGCAUUCCAUACGGCGCCCUCCAAGAAGCUAUAAAUUGUUCCCUCAGCUUGGAACUACGUUCAGUUUGACAUCCAGUUUAAAUAAAAUGUGCAGAGUGAGUUCUAAGACAGGUUAGUGUAAGGUUAUCUGCUCCUUCCCAGAUUUUCAUUGUUAGGAAUUGAAGUUUCACCAUUUAUCAUUCUGUAGAGGGUCUUUUCUGAUUUGAUGGGGCUAUGUAGUUAUUAGACUACUGGACACAUAUAUGGAUAUAAGAUGCUUAGGGUCCCCCCCUUUACCUUGCAUUUAGUGUCAGGUUGCUGUUGUUUUUAAAAUGAUUAUAUCUUCCAUUUAUGCCAUCUAUGGACCACUUCCAUUUGUCACUGGUUUCUUGGCAUAUAUCUAUGAUUUGUAAUGCAUGGGUGCUAGCAGGAUACGGCGAUAGUUCAGUCGAUAGAGCGUGAGAUUCUUAAUCUCAGGGCCAUGAUUUGAGCCCCAUAUUGGGCAGAAGAUUCCUGCAUUGCAGAGGGUUGGACUAGAUGAUCCCUGUAGCCCCUUCCAAUGCUACAAUUAUAUGAUUCUGUGUUUGUCUAUAUUGUCUUGGCCAGACAAUAUCUUUCCACUGUGGAAAGGGAAACAAAGCAUCUGGCACUCUUUACUGAUAGUAGUUCUGCUUUUCCCCUAUAAAGGGAGGGAAACCUGUAAUAUGUAAUAUGUAAUAUCUUGGAACCCAGAGACAGACCUCUUUGAAAUCAAUGGGAUUAAGCAUGGAUUCAUGUAGGAGAUCAAUAAUGUCAGCCAACCCUGAUAAAGAGAUGAAACGUCAGGUGUUGCUGUACUACUGGCUUACCUCUUUAUUUCCCCUCCAAUUUCAGGCUCUUUAUGCCAAAUUUGGUGCCUCCAAAGAUCCCUGAUGGGGAGAGAGUGGACUUUGAUGUGAGUAUUAGCCAUCAUCAUCUCAUAAAGCUGUUUCUCUCCCUCCCUCCCUCCCUCCCUCCCUCCCUCUCUCUCUCUCUCUCUCUCUGUGUGUGUGUGUGUAAAACAUACCAAACCCUCAUAUUGUCUUUUCUGCUUUGCAGGACAUUCACCGCAAGAGAAUGGAGAAGGAUCUGAAUGAGCUGCAAACCCUGAUUGAGGCCCACUUUGAGAACCGGAAGAAAGAGGAGGAAGAGCUGAUAUUCCUCAAGGACAGAAUAGUAUGUCUCUUCCAAAAAGAAGACAGGACUUAAGAGUGUUAAUGUUUCAUUCAGAUCCUAAAGCCACUUGUCAGUGAUGCAGAGCCCCAAAGAUAGACAUCCCACACAUAUUCUGGGAAUGCUUAAAAAUGCACAUUCACAAUAUAAUUAAUGAAAUGGCAGGAUAUUUAUUGUCUAGACCCCAAAACUAUAUUCUGGACUAUUUUAAAGCCCCAGUUUUAGAGGCUGAUCUGGAAGUAUGAGCUAACAUGGGUGCAAUAGGUAGCUAUAAUAUUAUAUUUUUUACCAUGGGAGGUAUCAUUUAGAUGCUCAGGUGGCAAAAUGUCAGGUGUCCAGCAUUUUCAAUAGUGUUGUAGUUUCAGCCUCAACUGUGACUGCCUCAGGCCAUGCUGAGUUAAGGAGGGGGGCAUUCAGGAGAGUAUACCAGGCCCCCUCCCUGAACAGGUGCUGGGCUGAUUUCCUCCUAUAGGAGCAGCGGCGAGCAGAACGAGCUGAACAGCAACGGAUCCGCAGUGAGAGAGAGAAGGAACGUCAGGCCCGCUUCGCUGUGAGUAUACCCAAGACAUGAAGUCCACAGCAAAAAGUCACUUCAAUGCCUUUAUGAGUUUUUUUGUUUUUGUUGUUCUGACAAGCCCUCAUUUAUGCAUGCGGCAAAUUUUCCACUUAGCUGCUCAUAUAAGAGUUAUACUCAAACAGUAAUAUGAGCUCAUCAUCCCUGGUCAACCAGGGGACCCAAAGCCUUGGAAUUCAGGGAAUCACUGACAUAGGCCUUACGCAUAACAGACCAAAACCAGACUAGAAUUGCUCAGUUUAUAAUGAAAGCACCACUGUUACUUAUUUUCCUAAGUGUUCCCUUUCCCCAAGUGCAGAAAAACAAGGAGGAACUGAUCUGGAAUUGGCUAAUGAGCUUGCUUACUAACCGGGAUUGGGGAACAGAACUUGUUCUGUCUGAUUUGUGUCCAUUCAGUCUCCUAAACAAGUUUCUAUUUGAUGUCCCUGUAGAUCAGGGAUGUGGAGCCUGUGGACCUCCAGAUGCUGUCGUUUGACUCAAACUCCCAUCAUCCCUGGCUGGGAUGAUGGUGGCAUUUGGAGGCCCACUGGUUAGUCACUCCUGCUGUAGACAGAUUCUCUUUAACUAUCUGCCAUUCUGAAACCUCUCUGUCCUUCUGCCUGUGGCAGGAAGAGAGAGCCCGGAAAGAGGAAGAAGAAAAUAGGAAGAGGGCUGAAGAGGAUGCCAGGAAGAAGAAGGCUUUCUCCAAUAUGCUCCAUUUUGGAGGCUAUCUACAGAAGGUAUGGUACCUAUCUAGCCUGAAUGUUCUUCCAGAAACUGAAGCCCACAUCUGGGGACAGAAUUUUCUGUCUGGGUGUCUACUCACCUACGUGUUGUAUGCCAAAAUAGCUCAAAUAGAGACUGGUAAAGGUUCAAUGAGAGUGUAUCAGGAGCUUUUUAGUCUUCGUUUUAAUCUAGGUGUACUUAUAUCCUCCGCAUUCAUAGUCCAUGUGCCUGUCUGAUGAACUGGGCUGAUGAACUCUGAUGCCACUCAAGAACUGUUUUUUUUUUAGACAGAGAAGAAAAGUGGGAAAAAACAGACAGAGCGGGAGAAGAAGAAAAAGAUCCUCAGCGAGCGUCGAAAACCUUUGACCAUUGAUCACCUGAAUGAAGACAAAUUGAAGUAAGAAGGGAAGCUGGUUCUGGGGCAGCAGCCAGAGGCUCAGGGACCAGUAGGGACCUAUUUCCUUCAUGAUGAAGAAAUGAAAACAGUCUUCUACCUGCCACUUUCCCCAUAGUUGUGGUUUGUGGUCUCUCAGGGCCAAACUAGACAUGACUUUAAAUGCGUUCUUUGCCUUUAACAUACAGACUUUUUGUUUUUAAAUAAAAAUAACAUCUACUGAGGGGACUGAUAAUUAUUGGGAUCAGAACAAGCUUUUCUAGGCUAAAGUACACUGGAGGCACAGUGACCGUAACAUAAGACAGCUCCUAAAGCGUUGUAAGAUUGCCACAAUCCUACAGUUAUAGCAUGCAUUGUGUGCUAUGCUGUUAUCCAUAUUUGGGGUUAUGUGAACACAAUGCAAUGCUGGCUUGGCUAUUACUAUGGUACUAUAGGGUACAGUUAGGGUGCAUGUGGCAAUGUUCCUCUUGCUUCUUAGUCCAUCACUCCUUGGAAAUGUUAACUGCCCACAACAUGCAUUAAAUGGUAGCAGAAGGUAUUAUAUCCCACAUGGUUACAAGUCAGGAAGCCAUAAGGGGCUGUUAAAUCGUACUAAUGCUUGCUCAUCCAAUUAUCGUGCACUGUUUCCAAAUGCUACCUGCAUUUGAGUUUAAGCAGACAGAGUCAAAUGAAAAGGAGGGAGCCAGAACACUAGAGGGUGCAAUAAGCACGUGGAAGCAUAUUGGAGGUGAUGCAGUAUGAAACCUCAGGUAGAUCAAGGGCUUAACUACAUAUUACAUCAGGUGUGUGACUUGCAGCCACAUCCAGGGAUUAAAAAAAACCCUACAGGUUGAGCAUGAUUUCAAUCAGAACCACAGUAUGUGCAUCCCCAGUCAAAAAUGCCCUAAUUCUCAUGCUGCAAUAAUCAAUGGGAAAAAAAUCUGCUUAUGUGGUUCAGUGAUGCACGUUAGUCCUUUUCAGGCAUUACCACCUAAAGAGGGAACAUAGGCAGAGAGAGCCUUCACUGGUACAUAAGAUUACCCACAGCAGAUGUCCAUUGUAAGCACAUGAAGAGGCAGAGGAGUUGUGUGGGGAGUGGGGCUAAUGGUGUAUUCCUGCAAUCUCUCUGCUCAUAUGCUUCCUUGAUGUGGUAAUGUUUGAAAAGGGCCACUGCUUCACUUGUGCCCAGAUUGAUUCACACUUGGCAGAAGACCCAGUUGUGGCAAAAGCAUCAGCAUAGGUACUUGUAAAGUAGGAAUAUACUAAAUUGUGUGAUUUAAAUUUAAGCACAAGUUAAAGAUAAAGACAUAAAUGGGUUGAAAGGUUGACAACUGGGACUUUCAAUAAUUGAGGAAACAUUCUGGCUGAAGCUAUAAAUGUUAUGUAUACUCAUAUUUACAGGCUAAAACACACAGACAUUUAUAUUCAUAUUAUGUCUCUCUCUCUCUCUCUCACACACACACAUAUAUCAUACAUAUACCAUAUGUUCACACUCAUGGAGCACAUAAUAAAGAAUAUGCACACAAUUUUUAUGCCUGUGCAUGUUCACAUGCACAAUGUUGCAUACCUAAGAUUCUCAUUCUUAUGUUCAGCUCACUUUCCUACUCUGGAAGAACACGCUCACAUUGCAUGUUCCUAUGUGCAUAUAUAAGCACUGGCUACCACAUUGAUUGAUGCUGCAUGUUCUUACAACAGGGAAAAGGCAAAGGAACUGUGGCAGAAUAUCCAUGACCUGGAAGCUGAGAAAUUUGACUUGCAGGAAAAGUUCAAGAGGCAGAAAUAUGAGGUGAGUCUGCACAUCUCUUGAAAUAUCUCACCUUUUACAGCCCUGCUUUCUGAAAGGAAGGGCGCUUUUUGCAGCAUUCAAAGAUUGCUCUCUGAGUAAUUUAUGAGACAUUGUAUCAAAAGAGGACAAAAAAUACCCAUUCAUUGAGAGGGAGAGCAAUGCUUUCUGACAGCUGCUUCAUUUGCCCUCAUUUUGUGGCUAAAUUUGAUUGGCUACAUAUUGUCACAUCAUCAUCCUUUUGACUAUUCAAUCCCAAUUAGCUAGCAUCACUCCUGCCACUGAUGCAACAAGUAUUGUCCUCAUGGUCAAUUAUCUUCAUUUGCUCUGUGGGACGUCAUGUUGACAUUCCAUCAUGAUACCAUCCCAUUCAGUACACAAUUCCUGAUUGGCUGGGAUUUCCCACAUUUCUGUUAUCAGUAAGAUGACUCAGUGAUUAUAAGGAGAAAAUGGCUCUGAAGCAGCAGCAGAUUGAAGGGGAAGGGGAAUAUGAACAUUUUCAUCAUGGGAGCUUUUCAGGAAAUGUUUCCCCUUCUUUGAAAGUGUUACUUUCACCUUGAAAAUUGAAAUGGGCAAACAUUCAACGCAGUUUUAGUUGAUACUUGUCAUGCUUUGCCUCCUCUUUUCCUUCUUGCUUAGAAAAACCACAGGUAUGUCAUUUGAUCAUACUUGUCUCACUGAACUUCAUCUCCCUUUGAAACCUACUUCAGAAAUCAGAGCCAAGUGGCUCAUUAAAUGAGUGGAGUCUGGCACUUUUCUGCUUCAAAUGGAUGUAGCUUUAUGGAUGAAGUAGCAUCAGUCUAGGUCUGUGAAGGUCCUGCCUAGUCUCACCAGACAUUGAAGGACACCCCAAACCACACCAUAAGCUGCAAUAGACUGUGUCAGAGCCAACCUGGCCCAUUUCAAUUUGACCAACAAAUAUUUCUACCCUGAAGACCACAUUUGUAAGUGCCUUGUGAUCACUCACCUGCCUAGUAGCUUAUUGAGUCUAGAUAAAUAGUGUUGCAGCCGCUUAAUUAAUCUGCACUAGAACUGGCUUAAAUACACCACAGCUCAUACUACCUGUCUCUUUCACUAACAUCACAUUUAAGCUAGGGUCAAGCCUAAAAUGCAAAUUUUCAAACUUUUGACUUGAAAUUCUGAGGGUAAGAUAGGGGAAUGAAAUCGGGCAACAUACUGGAAAGGGAAAUUGUCUGAAACAUUCACCAGUGGUGGGGGCUUCCUGAAUGGCAGGGGGAGGUGGCAGCAGUGACAUUUUUCUCUUGGGGAGUGGGUGUCUCAUUAGUGAUGCUUUUUCCUGGUAGUUGCCAUUUGGCUGCUUUCUUUUACCAAAAUGCCUCAGACUUAGUUCUGGAGUAUUUCUGAAUAUCCCCUCUUUUUACUACUUCCCCUCCAACAGCUGUCAUUUCUUUGUGGGGGGCCAGAAGAAUGCUUCAUCUAGGGCAUUCUCCUUUCAGAGUUUCAGUGAUGGGGUUGUGUGGAUUUCUGCAAGCCUUGGCAUCCCCCAGGCCUGCUGAUAUCUCCAUUUUGCGCAUGGAUGGUGUCGUUUUGGCAACAGACGAUCAGCAACCAAAGGACAAGUUUGCUAUUAGUAUAUAGGAUGCACUCGACCUCACCUAUAGUUUGGCUUAUCGUACUGAGCACUGCUUUCUUAGGAUCAUUGCCUUCUUUUUGUUAAUUUUCCCUUUGCAGGGGCUUUUACAUCUAUAAUAAUCUUCUUUCUCUAACCCUAACUAGAUUUCCAUACUCACUGCACGCUGCGAUGAGUUAAGCAAGUAGUAAGUAUGGCCUGUCCCCACCCCACUUUGCUAAUGGCAGUGCUGUGAUGAAUGAUAAAACGUGUGGAGCUAAGUGUGGCCCAGUGAAGUUCGGUCCAUGUCAGCAUCUUCUCAAGAUCAUAUUUCAUUGUCUUGCAUGUUUGCUUAGCUUGCAAAGAUUUCUGGGAUCAGCCAUUUGUCUUUUCAGUCAGAUCCUCUGAAAGGGGUAAGUACUUGAAGGCACCUUAGGAACCUUUCUCCUCUGCUUUGGAUCCUUACACCAGAAGCUGGAGCUUCUUGGCACCUUAACUGAACAAAAACUCCAUUACUAGUUAUCCACAUGGAUUUGCUCUUUGACAUGGUAUCCCUCUGGCAUUAUUUUUAUUGCAUUUAUCCUGCUUUGUGAACUUCAUGAGCAGAGUACAUUUGUGCAGAGAACAACACGUAUUGCUCAACGUAUAGCAAACUUUAGAGAUGCUUUGAAAGAAGCACCGAGUCCAGGAAUCGCUACAAAUGGCACAGCGUUGCUCCGAAGCACCUACUAACUGUAGAAAAGUGGAUAUUUCUAGAAGAUUCUGUAACUGGUCAAGAUCAUGAUGGGAAAACUUUGAAGAAGCAUCCUGAAAAACUCACCUGAAGCCUUCAAGGAUGCUGGAGAGCAGCCUUUGUUCUUAGUCUCUCCCAAGGCUAUUGUUCUAGAAAAAGAGGUGCCAGAACUCACCACGAAUGCCUCCAUUCUCUUGUAAUGGCAAUUGCACCCAUCUGAGAGGUGCUGGAACUGGGUUCCAGUGAGUUUCAACUGAAAAGGCCCUGUUCCUUCCACCAACCAUGCCAAAUUUUAUCUCAGCUGCCUGGAUUUGUAACACUUCCAUUUAGUGUGGAAAUAAUAUUUCACGGCAAACAGAUCCACUGUCCUUUCUGACUCGUCUUUACCUAUGGAAAUUCCAACAAUUAGAGGGAUUCUUUACCCACCACACAGCCCUGAUGACUACCGUGUGUGAUAAAACCAGCCCAUUCCUAGACUUCUUUUCUUGCUGUCUUCACACAGUGGCCCUCCCGAUCCCCGCAUGGUGAAGUAUUGCCAUGUAGCUUCACCUCCUGUCUAUUUCUCUUGCAGAUUAAUGUUCUACGGAAUCGCAUUAGUGAUCAUCAAAAGGUGUAAGUACUCAGGCCAUCUAGUUUCAUAGUAUCCAGCAUUCCCACUAGAUCUUUCACAACCCCCCACUUUUAUUUUUUCUUUUACAGGUGCACCACUUUCACCCUUCCCUUCUGUAAAAUACUUGUUUGGAGCUUUCAGGAUUUUGUUUGUGUUUUGCUUCCGUUCUUAACUUCCUGCUGUUUCUCAUUUCACUUUCAUUGUCAUUAGUAUUUGUCAGCCCUUCUUAUUUCAGUUCUUGGCUUCUUUUUGCUCUAGAAAGCCUGCUGCUGUAAUAAUAGGCUAUGCCUUUGUGUUCAAGAAUCUAGGAUUGAGCACUUCAGGCUAUUCACAGGAUUGAUACUGUUAGAUUCCAUUUAAGAAACAACAACAACCUUGCUUUAUCACCACCUUUUCUUAUAGUCCUCAUUUCAGCUAGUCGCUGCUUUUUCUGCCUCCCGCCUCCCAUUUCACACCCUUUAUUUCACCCCUCUCUUGGAUAGUUUUAUUGCUUUAUUGUUGGCGUCCUGCCACACUUCCUCUGGGCGUCUCUGCAACUUCUGUUUACGCAGUGUGGCUUUAGAGUGGCCGUAAAGCAAUUAGCAAAUUAGCAAAGUUACACAGCGGUCGUGUGUCGAAAGAGCAGUAAAUCAGUCCCAGACGGCUCUUCAGUCCUAAUGUCUCUUUAUUGGAACAAAAUGGCAUAUUUACAAUCUCCAACAGCCAUCCGUGUUAAGCUGCAUCUUCUCUCUCUGCUUGCAGCGUCUUAACAGAAUGCUUUCGAUUUCCACUCAGCACACAGCAUUCCAAGCUGCUUUCGUCACAUCCUGGCUUACUUCUCUUGUAACCCCACCUCUCAGGCUCGAGGCAUAGAAGGUUAACCCUUCACUACACCCAACACCCCCUCUUGUCUCGCGCCUGAGGGGAGAAUCGACCCUUGGUCGUCCCAAACCCAGACCUUCGCAAAACUCUCCAUGUCUUUGGAAGGAGAGUGGCUUUGUGAACCCAUCAGCUAGGUUCUUGGCAGAGGGACAGUACUUCAGCGCAACUAAUCCCUCCUGAACACUCUGGCACACAUUCUGGAAGUGAAUGUCUAGGUGUUUAGUUCUGGCCUUGAACUGACCCGAUUUGGCCAAAUGAAGGCAUGGUUGAUUGUCCUCGAAAACACGUAUCAGCAGACAAUCCACUUUGCAGAGUUCCUGCACUAAGCAAGCAUAGAACUCUACUUCUCUGCAUACCUCUGAAAGAGCACUGAAUUCAGCCUCAGUGGAUGAGAGUGCUAUAAGACUUUGCUUCUUGGACCUCCAUCCAACUACUGAGUUUCCAAACUUCACCACUAGGCCAGACACAGACUUGCGAUCUUCAAGAUUAGCCCAAUCUGAGUCCACAUAACAAGUCAGUUUGACUUCUCCUUGUGCUGGUAACCUAAGACAAAAGUCUUUGGUUUCCUGCAAAUACCUCAGAACUCUCUUGAUGCCAUUCCAGGCUUGCACACUAGGGUUUGAAGCUUCCCUGCUGAGCAGAUUGACAGCAAACGCUAUAUCAGGUCUGCUCCACCGGGACAAGUACAACAAACUCCCUAGGGCUGACUGAAACACUUCAGCAUUUUUGAACGCAGCGCGUUCUGCUUGCUAACUGUCCUUCACAAAACUAGUCUCCAUAGGACUUCUCACUCCUGCACAAUCACUCAUCCUGAACUUUUGUAGCAGUUGCUCAAUUUUGCUUCUCUGGCUGAGCAAGAAGCUUCCAUCCUGUGCUCGGUCUACACUUACACCUAGAUAAGUUUUGACAGCACCAAGCUGCUUAAGCUUGAACCGUUUACCUAGCUCUCUGGCAAACCUGUCUGCCUGUUCACCUGUCUCUGAGAAGCAUAACAAAUCAUCAACCCAAAGUUGAAGGAAUUCUUGUUUUGCACCUGAUCAUCUCAAAUAAAGGCAACUAUCAGCAACACUUCUGAAACCUAGCUCUUCUAAGGCUUCAUUCAGGCACAUGUUCCAGUUUCUGGCAGAUUGACGUAAUCCAUAGAUGGAUUUGUGCAAUCUCCACACAACACCCUGUCUCAAGUUCCCAAACCCCGGAGGAGGAAUCAUGUACAGCUCCUCCUGGAGAUCUGAGUUUAGGUAGGCAACAUCCACAUCAAAGUGGUUUACCUUCCAGCUUCUCUGUGCUGCACAAGCUAAAAGCGUUCUCAGAGUCUCCGCUCGUGACAUUGGUGAAUACACCUCCGUGAAGUGUAUUCCCUUUCUCUGAGUGAAUCCUCGAGCAACUAAUCUGGCUUUAUACUGUGGCUCUCCAGUGUCAGUGGGUUUCAAACGGUGAACCCACCUGCAACUUACUGCCUGCUUUCCCGGUGGCAACUCUGUGAGUGAGAACACACCUAGAUCUUUCAUGGACUUCAUCUCUUUGUCCAUUGCCCUGUGCCACUUACCUGCUUCUUCCUCAGGUAAACUCUGAAUAUCCUCAAAGGAUUCAGGUUCACAUCUGGCAGACCCUACCCAGACGCCUGAAGCGUCGUACCGAUCAGGUCCUCACUGAUCUCCUCAGUGUGAAUCCUGGUGACCCUGCUGCUUCACUGGGUCCAGCUAAAUCAUCCUCAACUUCAGUGUCUUCCCCCUCUGACCUGCUGCGCCUCUUGGGCCUUACAGCUGGUCCAGCAGGUGAGGAAGGCUCACUCUUUGGCUCAAACUUGACACUUGCCUGAGGAGGUGUUCUAGGUUCCUCCCUCUGAGGGAUCCUGAGCUGUCCCUGCCUUGGACUCUGUCCCUGUGGUGGACCUUGUUGCUCUGGACCAUGGUCCCCAGCAACGAGUUCCUCUUCCUCCUCAACGUCUGAGUCAUAGAACGACUGUGGAAUCACGUCUGGAUUAGCGUGCAGACGUUUCCACCUGGCUUGCUCACAGAACUCAGCACUAUUGCUGAUAACCAACCUUGACUGCUUUCCACUUGGGUACGCAAACCGCCAUGCCUUUGAGCCAGGCUCAUACCCUACAAAGAUCAUUCUUUUAGAUCUUGGCUCACCUUUCUUGCGUAGAGCCUUUGGAAUAAGCACCCAGGCCUCACAACCAAACACACGAAGGUAUGGUACCUUAGGCUUCUUUCCAUGCAGCAAGAAAUAAGGUGUAUUUCCUACACUAGUUGUACACUCUAUUCUGCGUAUGAACCACAAAUCUCCAGGCCUCAGACCAAUAUUUCUGGGGUAGCCCUGCGUCCCACAGGAUCGCAGACACAGCUUCCUCCACCGUCCUGUUCUUUCUCUCUGCCAGCCCAUUCUGUUGCGGAGAGUAAGGAGCGGACAGUCUGUGGCUAAUCCCCUUCUCCCUGAAGAAAUCCUGUAAAGCAGAACCAGUGAACUCAGCACCUCUGUCACUUUGAAAGCCACACACUUUGGUGGAAAAGGUUACCUCAACUGCGGUGAUCCAAUCCCUGAUCAUUUUAGCCGCCUCCCCUUUCUUUCUAAGAGAAAAGGUCCAAGCAGACCUCGAAAAAUCAUCAACCAGAAGCAGAGAAUACUGAUUCCCCCCAGUGACUCAACUGACAUGGGGCCACACAAAUCUGCAUGAAUUAAUUCAAAGGGUUGUGUGGUCUGUCUCUCUGACUUUGGAUAGGAGCAUGUCACAAUUUUCGCCUGUGUACAUGCAUUGCAAUCUAAAAAUUUGUCACAAGUAUUAAAUUUGCACCCUUGUGUCAGUUCUGGUGCUUUCUUAAGAUACCCCCAAUUCAGAUGGGCGAAGCGUCUGUGCCAAAUAUGCGAACAACCAUGGUGGGGCGCUACAUUCACACAUUGCCCCUUCGCAUCUUCAGUGUCAUCCUCUUCUGUAGAAAAAGGCACAUUUACAACAAACAAAUUGCCUUUAGACUGCACUGUGUACACGUGUUUCCCAUCCUUGGAAAAUUCACAUUUGGUACCUGCAAAAGACACAUGAAAACCAUCAGCAAGUAAAUCAUGCACACUUAACAAACAGUUAGUUAAACCGGGCACUGCAUAAGCUUUGACUUCAUGCUUAAGAAAAGGACAGAAGAAAAAGCCUGUCUCUGUUAGUCUUCUUCUACUUCCAUCCGCGAUCGUCACAAACCUAUCAGUUUUUACUGUCCUGCAAUUUCUUAAAAGACCACUAGAUGGCACUAGCGUGUUUGUCGCUCCAGAGUCGAUGACGACAGUAAGAAAGUCUUGUUGUUGACAUUCCUGGGUCGCCAAGGCAACAAUCUCCUCGCUACCCCCUCCUUGGGGCCUCUGCAGAUGUCCUCUCUGGUUGUCACGGCAACAGACUCCCCCCGGCAGGGAGACUUGCCCAUGACCUUCACAGCUUCCGUAGAUGCAACUCUCUCAGUUGCCUUGGAAACCGGACUUCUCCCGGCGUUCUCACGCAGCUCCUCCUGAUAACCGCCUGCUAUCAGCAAAGUUCCCAGCUGCGUGACCUUGAAGCCUCCAGCUGAAUUCAGCUUCGCACGGCUAGGCUCCAGCUCACGACGUAAACAACUCUUGGCAGCUUUUGGAGAAAGAGGCGUCUCUGAGCUUUCACUGCUCACUGCCCCCCCACUACUCACGGGGCCUCCAGGACGUUUCCCUGCACCCCCUCUGAUGGGUAAGGGGCUCCCAACUCUUGGCCUCUCUCCAGGCUCCUCACACAGAAACGUUGCAGCAUCCAUACAGCUCCCAGGCUCAGCAAAAGCACCAGCAGCAUUGCCAGCAACUGCAACAGCAACAGUCCCUUCGCCCCCCCAUGGGGGCUCCCAGCUCCUCCCAGCUGUGUAUUGGCUCUCAAGAAUGUGGCCGGCGCCAUCUUGCCUCUCCAUUUCGGAUGCAGCCACGUCUCGGCCCUUGCUUCCCACCCCAGCUUCACAAGCCUUUCGGAGUGAUUGCCAAGCGGCCUCUGGCCUUCUUGCACCCAGGACAACUGGCACUAGAUGAGCAUCCACAUUUUCUGCCAAAAAAGCAAGCACACGCUUUUCCACUUCACUUUGCUCUGCAGCCUUUUCAGCCUCUGCUUUCCCAGCUGCAUGCUGUGGGGGCUGGACUACGUCCCAGAGCUGCUCCCCCACCAGCAAGAGUUCCACUUCAAAGCUCCACUGUAGCCAAUUUUGGUUAUUCAGUUUCUGACAUGGCAGUUUAAACUCAAAGCCAUGUCCUUGGGGCUGAGCAAUUCUUUCCCCCUCCCUUCUGUGGUGUUCGCAGUACUCACUCAUUUCUGCCAACUGGGUUUUCCGGAAAGACCUGGCAUCGCAGCUUCCUUGCUCCGUCAGCCUACUCUGAUCUGCCCUUUGAAGUCUUGGCAGUCGAUCAAACUGACGUCCAGUAACUAAAGCUUCAAAGCCCUUUCUCACACGCUUCGCGUUGACCAGCCAUAACCUCUUGGAUAGUUUUAUUGCUUUAUUGUUGGUGUCCUGCCACGCUUCCUCUGGGCGUCUCUGCAACUUCUGUUUACGCAGUGUGGCUUUAGAGCGGCCGUAAAGCAAUUAGCAAAUUAGCAAAGUUACACAGCGAUCGUGUGUCGAAAGAGCAGUAAAUCAGUCCCAGACGGCUCUUCAGUCCUAAUGUCUCUUUACUGGAACAAAAUAGCGUAUUUACAAUCUCCAACAGCCAUCCGUGUUAAGCUGCAUCUUCUCUCUCUGCUUGCAGCAUCUUAACAGAAUGCUUUCGAUUUCCACUCAGCACACAGCAUUCCAAGCUGCUUUCGUCACAUCCUGGCUUACUUCCCUUGUAAGCCCCACCUCUCAGGCUCGAGGCAUAGAAGGUUAACCCUUCACUACACCCAACACCCUCCUUGUUGCUUGAUUCUGUCAUUUCAUUCUCACCACUUUUUACCCCUUUCCCUUCCAAUCCACCUUUCAGACCAGAGUCACAUCCACAUCAUACAUUUAAAACAAAAGACCAAAAUAUCAAGAGGGCACCAGGUUGGGUGAGGCUGAUCUAGACUAUGUCAGGCUCACUUCAGGCUUGGAACCAACAUGCACAAGGUCUUCAUUGGCCACCAGGCACUUGGAUGUCUAUAGAAAGAGACCCUCAUUGGUGUUCAGGGAGCUUAGCACGCUUUGCUAACUGUGCCAUACUUUAUCAGGGCAGAUUCAUACCAUACAUUUAAAUUACAUCCAGCACAUAUUCAAAGUACAUGACUUCCCCCAAAGGAUCCUGGGACCUGUAGUUGCUUAAGGGUGCUGGGAAUUGUAGCUGUGCCUUAGAUGUACGGUGUGUUGCAGAUGUGCUUUUCUCCAUUUGCUUCUUUCACCUAAAGUUCUUUCCUGGUUUUCUGUUUCAGCCACAUUUCUCACCAGGCACCUCCAGUUUAUUUAUUCCCUUGCAUGCCUUUUGCACACCUGCUUCGUUAUUUUGUUCUGAUCUCUGAACUCCAUCACUUCCUCACCACUUUGGGUCAUCAUUUUAUUCACUCCUUCACAGCAUUUCCCCUUCUAAGGAUAUGUCCAUGAACACCGUUUAGGAAAUAGUUUGUCAUAGUGCAGUAGCUGAGCUGUCCAUUUACCAUCAUCCGCUUAUUGAGAGCUGGGGCAUUCAUCCUCUUUCCUUACAUCAGCUCAUCUCCUUUCAGCAUAUAUGAAUCUGACUUCUCUGUCUGUAGAAAUUAUUGGGGACCUCUGUUGGAUUGUUCGGUGCAGUCACCCAUUUCCCUCCAUGCUUCAUGUCUCCAUGACUCCAUGGUUCACAGAUGGAGAGCAGAGGCCAGGAGAGGCUUGGUGUCCUGUGCAUAGCUGAUGGCAGAGUAGGAAAUGAAUCAUCACCUGCAGUCUUGACAGCAAUGCUGAUCAACAUGGAGCAGUCUUCUUCCACUUUACAUGAACGUAGCCAUCUUUCAGAGUGGCUGUGCAGGCAAAAUUGUCAGAAGAUUCAUCUUUCUAAUCCACUUGUCCAGAAACAAAUGGCAGCCUGCAUUAGGAAUGCCUCCUUCUCUAGCAACCUUUUAGGUGCACCAAACUGGUUAGUCAAGAAUGUUACCUGCUUCUCACACCAUAUUUCUUCUUUUAUUCCCUCCUAACCUGCUUCAGGAAAGGGUGAGUAGCAUGCUGCGUCCUUUAUGGUGUGCUGUGGUGGCUUGCAGUGCAUGUAAUGAAGGCAAAUAACUUUAUGUUCCAAAUUAGGCCCUGGAUUUCUGUAUCAGGGAUAGUUUACCGGUAGUUGGAUAUGUGUUACUUUAAGCAGCUGGAUAGGGACACUUGCUUCAGUACCUGGGAGUUAGAUAUAUCAAAGUGCAGUCAUGCUAAAUGUUAUGCUAAAUGUUAGCAAUUACAGUGGUACCUUGGGUUAAGAACUUAAUUCGUUCCGGAGGCCUGUUCUUAACCUGAAACUGUUCUUAACCUGAGGUACCACUUUAGCUAAUGGGGCUUCCUGCUGCCGCCGUGUGGCCGCAUGAUUUCUGUUCUCAAGCUGAAGCAAAGUUCUUAAUCCGAGGUACUAUUUCUGGGUUAGCGGAGUCUGUAACCUGAAGCAUCUGUAACCUGAAGCAUCUGUAACCCAAGGUACCACUGUAUGCGCGCACGCGCACAUGCGCACGCACACACACACACACACACACGUAGAGAGAGAGUGUGUCUGUAUGUAUACCCCUCAAUAUUUUUGAAAUCCAGGUCUCGGAUUAUCUUUACACCUUGCCCUUUUCAGUGUGCACAUAAGAUUGAGUGUCCAAUUUACAGACCAGCAGGGCCAACAGGGAAGAUGGGAGGUGUAUAGGCCAAUCACAUCUGAAGAGCAUCUCGCUGGCUAUCCCUUCUAUAUAGUGAGAAACAUCCCUCUGCACCUUAUCUCUUAGGGCACAUGCCAAGCUUAUAUCUUAAGGUGAAUACCUCUACUGAUGUUGGGGUUCUGAUGUCAGGAAGGCAAAUGGCACCGAGGCUUCCACAACAGAAGUAGGGGACUUAUGAGGCCAGAACUUCCUCUCCAAGGCCACUCUUUCCACCCAGAGGGAGGAAGAUCCAAAACAUUCUGUGGCCUGUAGGAUGUAGUCUUGUGCUGGCCACAGGUUCCCCAUCCUUACUGUAGAAGAAUUCUCAAGCCCUUUCCUGCUUCCAGAAUACAAUUCUCAGGGUUGCUUGGAGACAAAGAACCAGUUCUACCCAAGCUUUAAGUCUGAGAAACAGAUAUACCUGUAAAGGCACAAGGUACCUGUAAAGUUCAUUCAGGAUUCCACAACUUGGGCUCCCAGCUCACUGCUUAGUGUGUAUAAACAGCAACUUUGCAUGAGUUAUGCUCACAUUGCGUUUUCUUCAUGUGGACUGCACAUGCCAUGUGGACACCAAGUUGGGAUCUGUGUGGAUGCCACUGAAUGAGUGACCCACAAAUAUCCCUGCGCAAUAAGUACCCCCACAGUGCUGUUUGACUGUAAAAGUGGACACUUCCCUUCUCCCUCGCCUCUGCCUUUUGCUUUGACCUCACUGAUGCCUGAAAUACCUCAUUUGCUUCUCUGCUUCUCCAACAGCUCAAAGGCCGCCCGUGGGAAGCCUGUGGUUGGUGGCCGGUGGAAGUGA